GAGUUUAUGCGGCUCUAUUUCCAACAAAGACGUUCCCUCGCCCAUAAUCUCCCGUCGCUCAGCAGUUUUGAUACCUGUUAUUAAACAGAGAUGGCUGCAGUAGAUUUAUUCAUGUUCCUUCAAAUGCGGAAUAUACCUGAAAGUGUCAUCAACAAACUAAAAUAAGACAAGAUCGACACCAAUGUCAUAGGCAUUAAGACAGAUAAGGAGUUAAGCAAGUAUAUCGAAAGAUAUGGGGGUCGACUUGCGCUCAGAGCAUUUUGCCGUCAAAGAACUGUGACAAACGAAGAGCCGAGACAGUGAAGUCCUCCCUCAUGCAGAAAUUAAGAGACAGGUUAAGAACUCCUAAUACUGUACAAGACACCGCUACUGGCCAAAAAAAUGCAGCCAAAAUCACCCGGCGGGUUGAAAUGGGAUGGCUCCACUUUGAGAGUGGAAUGUAUCACCAGGUUAGAACGAGAAAAGGAGGAGGAACACGGAAUCUGUCGGUCCAGAAAUCAGUGACUAUGGGUGAACUGUUGGAGACAGUUGGCAAAUGCUUGUUUUUUGCAAAUGGGCAUUCAUCAAAAGGACUGAUAGAAGACUUUGAGUUUGACAUUUGUGAUUACAGUCACAGUCCUGUGCCCCGUGAAGUCACGGUGGGCCAGCUGUACGAACAGACUAAACUAAAAAUGCUACGCGUCUACACAGCCACCAAGUCUAACAACAUUCUACUUCUCUCUGAUGAAUCAUCGGACAUGGAGCCAACACAGAAAACGCCGCUGAAGGCUAGGUCUAGAACAAUGAAGACACGAUCCUUGAGGAACAAGACCAGGAGACUCAAUGAAGUGGAUCAUCCAGAGAGCUCCUCUGAUUUAGAUCUAUCUCCAAGUGGCUCAAUGCAGCAAAACCAUGAACAAAGAAGAGAGACAAUCAGCCAGUCAAGAUCAGCAACUCCUGAGAUGGGUAACACAGAGCUCCUGCAUACACAACCUACUGAGGAUGUUGGCAGUCAUACUCAGCAGUCAACAAGAAGGCAUGGAUCUGAAGAUGACUGUUUAACGGCUGUGCCAAGUCAAGAUGCAGACCAGUUGUUAAGUGAUGUCUCAGAUUCCCCUCUUAAUCCUGCCAUUCAACAAUCUCUUGAGGACUCUGAAGUGAAGUUUGGACCCAUUGUUGGUGAUGAUAGUGAUUCUCAAGACACCACACUUCCCUGGAAUCCACAUGACUUGAGCACCAUGCAGGUACAAUGUAGCACUAACGUCUUACAGUCCUGUAAAAUUGUUACAUUUUACAUUUUUAAAAUGUACAAAAACUGUAACAUUACCAUCCGAAGAUCUUUCAUCCUAAGCAUAUGUUUUUAGAUUCAUGUUUCAUCCAACCAUUCCAAAACUCAUUUGUAAUUUAAUGCAUCGUUGUAUGAAAUAGAAAAGCGGAAAAUUUAAAACCACAACAUUAUCACCAUUUUUGCAUGCUAUUUGAUACAUUGAUUGUCAAAAUCUUUGAUUCUUUUCUGUUCACAAAAGGAUUAAUCAAUCAAUAAUCACACUUAAUUACCUUUUUAAAAUAUCUUGCAGCAUUCCACAUUCAAUGAUGGUCCUGUAUCAUCAAGCUGUCUUCCAGCAUCACCAGAUCCAUUUGACAAAGAAAUCCUUAUUUUGAAAUUAAGACGAGUAAACAUAGUUGAUGAUGUCCUUAAUGUCUUCAUGGAUCCAAAAGUACUGAAUGCUCGUCUAAGAAUGGAGUUUACAAAUGAGAAAGCUAUGGACAGUGAUGGUGUGUCAAGAGAGGCGUACUCCGCAUUCUGGGACCACUUCUUGGACCAGUGUGAGGGGGAAGAUGAACGAGUACCCAGGCUACGACCAGACUAUUCUGAGAAGAAAUGGCAAGCGCUCGGAAGAGUGUGGUUGAAAGGAUACCUGGACCACAAAAUCCUACCAAUCAGACUGUCACCAGCCUUUGUUCUUGCCUGUUGUAAAGGAGUUAGCUCAGUGGAUGAAGAACUAUUAAUGAUGUCAUUUGCCAGAUUUCUUUCAGAAAAUGAGCGUGUGUCGCUUGAAAAAGCACUACAGGGUACCAUUGAUGAAACUGUUGAGGAGGACUUACUUGAUGUCUUCUCCAGAAUGGGAUCACACUGCCUGCCCCCUAAAAAUAAUUUACGGGCUGCUAUUUUAACAAUGGCCCACAAAGCUCUUCUUCAAGAGCCAAAGUUUAUAAUUGACUGUUUCCACUCCAGUGUUCAUAAUGCUAUGCCAACGCUCAUAACCACAGACAACAUAAUGGAGAUAUAUGAAUCUAAGAGGCCAACUAACAAGAAAGUGGCCCAGAUGAUAAAAUCAUCACUUGAAAGCCUAAAUCCACAAGAGCAGACUGCUCUUAACCACCUGCUACGGUAUGUGAGAAGCAUCGACCAAAGAAAAUUGGAGAUUUUCUUACGCUUCUGCACAGGAUCUACUGUGCUGUGCAAAGACACAAUUGAAGUCAUUUUUAACACAUUGUGUGGUUUAAGUCGCAGGCCUGUAGCACACACAUGUGGAGCAGUUCUUGAGUUACCAUGCACUUACAUCACAUACCCUGAGUUUCGCAAAGAAUUUGAUAAUGUCUUGUCUGGUGACUGCUUCACAAUGGAUAUUGUGUAGUGAAUGGAAAGCACAUCUAUCUUCUACACUGAGUUUUGCAUUUGUCUGAUGCAAAACUGUUUCUACAGAUUUUCAUUUAUUGUUCUUAUUAAAACAGAGACCGUUUACAUUUUUAAAAUUGUUUUAUUUUCUUAUUUUUUUCUGUAAAUUGUUAGUACAUUGAGAUUCAGUUUUUUUUCCACAAGACAGUUUAAUAAUUUUGAUAAGUCAGCAGGGUCUGUUCUCAUAGGUAAAUGUCCCUUUUUGUACAAUUAUUACAUUUUCAUGUGCAUCUUUUAUACAAUUGUUAUUCUGAAUAAUGUUCAGAAUUUAUGUCAUCAUUCAACAAACAAGUUCAUGUUCAAUGCAAGUACAAUACAUUUCUAAUGGUUGUUCAGUUCUGUUCAUUUCCUCUUUCAUGUCCUGCCUUGUUUCUCUUUGCAGUCAGUGUGCAUAUAGUGACAUAUCAAUCCUAUUUGCACCUCAGUUUUGCUGCAAAAUGUUCUUAAUGUUUGUGGCAUAGCACUGUUCAAGUGUAGUCAGUGUGGACAUGUUGUAGCUCUGAAUAAUCUGAAUAAAAAUCCAUCUCAAAUUA